CGCCCCUUCCUGCCGGCGCAGCCGUUCCCCGUCAGAGCGCGAUGGCGGCGCCGGGGCUGUCCAAGGCCGAGUACCUGCGGCGCUACCUGAGCGGCCCCGCCGAGCCCGCGCAGCCCCGCCGCCGCCGCAAGAAGAAACCGCCGGGCGGCACCGGCAGGGCCGGGAUGCGGAUCGUGGAUGACGAUGUGAGCUGGAACAGCAUCGCCGCCCCCGAGAAGGAGGAGGAGGAGGAGGACGAAGGGGACAUGCCUGUGGUGGCAGAGUUCAUCGAUGAGCGCCCCGAUGAGGUGAAGCUCAUGGAGGAGUUCCGAACAAACUCCAAAUGGAAGCUUCUAGGAGAUGAGGACUCGCAGAGUUCGGAUAUUUCGGGACCUGCCAAGUCUGCCACGAGGCGGCAGCGCCACGACUCUGCAGAGGCCUCGCCCCCAGCAGGGAAACACAACGGCUCCCUGGGGCCCUCUCCUCCGACACGGCAGCGUCACGACACCCCUGACCCGUCCCCUCCCCGGAGACAGCGUCAUGACACGCCAGAUCUGUCACCUCCCAGAAGACAGCGUCACGAUACCCCUGACCCGUCCCCUCCCAGGAGACAGCGUCAUGACACGCCAGAUCUGUCACCUCCCAGGAGACAGCGCCAUGAUACACCAGAUCUGUCACCCCCCAGGCGGCGGCAACGUCACGACACCCCUGACCCUUCCCCUCCUAGGAGACAGCGCCACGAUACACCAGAUCUGUCCCCUCCCCGAAGACAGCGCCACGACACGCCAGAUCUGUCCCCUCCCCAAAGACAGCGUCACGACACCCCUGACCCGUCCCCUCCGCGGCGGCGGCAGCGUCAUGAUACCCCUGACCCGUCCCCUCCCAGGAGAAGGCAGCGUCACGACACCCCAGAUCUGUCACCUCCCAGGAGACAGCGUCACGACACCCCUGAUCUGUCCCCUCCCUGGAGACAGCGUCAUGACACUCCAGAUCUGUCACCUCCCAGGAGACAGCGUCAGGAUUUGUCACCUCAGAGAGAGAAGCCGCGCUCCCCGAGUGGGAAGAGGAGCCGAACGAAAGGACAGACUUCACCCGCCCAGAAGGACCAGCACCGGUCACGGAGUCCCCCGGAGCGCUCCCUGCAUGGCCGGGACACCAAGGGCUCUCCCAAGAAGGCUAACACGAUGGCGUCGGGGGCCAGGGCUGGCCUGGUGUCGGCUGAUGUGCUGCAGAGGGAGAAGCAGGAGCUCCGCAAGCCCGACAGGAGCACCAAGCACCUGGAAGAGGAAUCCCGGAACGCUCAGACCGUGUUCCGAGACAAGUCCGGCCGCAAGAGGAACCUGGCGCAGGAGCAGCUGGAGCAGAGGCAGAAGGCUGAGGCAGAGGCCAAGAGGGAGGAGCAGUAUGCCAAGUGGGGGAAAGGGCUGGCACAGGAGAGGCAGCAGCAGCAGAACGUGGAGGAUGCAGUCAAGGAGAUGCAGAAGCCCUUGGCCCGUUACAUCGAUGACCAGGACCUGGACCGAAUGCUGAGGGAACAGGAGAGGGAAGGAGACCCCAUGGCUGCUCUCAUCAAGAAAAGGAAGGCCAAGGAGAACAAGGAGAAAGAAAAACCCAGGUACAAGGGACCAGCACCUCCACUCAACAGGUUUAACAUCUGGCCCGGGCAUCGCUGGGACGGUGUGGACAGGUCCAACGGGUUCGAGCAGCAGCGCUUCGCCCGCAUUGCCAACAAGAAGGCGGUGCAGGAGCUCGCCUACAAGUGGAGCGUGGAGGACAUGUAGGGCAGAGCCCCUGCAGUGCCCACGGGCACCACCCGCUGCCACAGCCCCCAGGAACGGCCUGCUCCCCUGGAACAAGCCCUGUCCUCGGCAGCCAGCAGCCCACUGAGCCAUCUUCCAAGAGGAAAGCUGGAUUUCCCUGUCAGCCAGAGCCUCCAGCUCUCUGGGCAGGACACCCCUUUCUUGUUUGUUUUCCAACAAACUUCUGUUCUAUGCCAAAUGCUUUGACCUCUGAGGACAGUUCCCAAGUCUUCAGGUGUCCUAAAUCUCAGGUGAAAAUCUGCUGAACACGUGGGCUUGGGACAGUUGCCCUCAUGCAGUGGCUCAGUCUGCUCCAGAACUCAGGUUAAGUUGAACUUCUGAACUUUUGUUGAGUUUAUGCAGUUAUUUCACCAUGUAGAUCCCAAGGUCACCAGCAUGCAGGAAAGUUCAAACUCGGCUUCUCCUGACCCUGUCCAGACAGGAAACUGAGCAGGGAAUGCUGUGGCACUGGGAGAACGACCUGCAGUGCUGCAUUGGGCAGCAAGAUCUGCAGGAGCCCCAGCAAUUCUUCAGGGGUCCAUUUCUAGUGGAAGCAAAUACGUGGAGAAAUUAGGACUUAAGACUGGAAUUGCUUCCCUCGUAUUUUGGAGCAGCUGGUCCCCCCAGAGCCCUCUGGAUUUGGGGCUGAUGUCAGCACUUCCCCCAUGCUCUGCUCCAGUGGGAGGUGGAAGAACCUUUCCUCUGUGGCCACAUUUGUCAGUCUCUGAGCUGGAGGCCGGGCAGAGCUUCCCUUUAAUCCCUGUGUGCCAGAAGCACUUGUGGAAAUAAAUACAGUUGUUCUUGCUGAGGUCCCAGGGAGCAGGGAUGAGAGCAGGCAGCAGUUUCCAUGGAGAUGCCUUGGCUGCAGCAGUGGGCAGGGGCAGGGCAGGAUCGCUCUUUCCAGGGAUUCUCCAGCGCUGGGAGGGCCAUGGGUGGGAGGGAGAGCAGCAAAGUCUGCUCUGGAGCACCAGACUCUUGGGACUUUGGUGUUUUUCAUCCCUGUGUAACAUUUCCAGCAGCCCUGGAAUGUGUGUGUGCACCUGUAAAUAACACCUUUGGUUUUU